UCUUUCUUUCUCACUUUCUCUCUCUCUCUCUCUCUCUCUCUCUCUCUCUCUCUCUCUCUCUCUCACUGUCUCGAUGGCGGCGACUGCGUUUGGGAUUCGCUUCUUGUGGUUGGCCGUUACGAUUUCCUUUCUGUUAGCCGCUACAAACGCCAAAAUCCCCGGCGUUUACACCGGCGGCCCAUGGCAAAACGCACACGCCACUUUCUACGGCGGCAGCGAUGCUUCCGGCACCAUGGGCGGCGCGUGUGGUUACGGGAAUUUAUACAGCCAAGGAUACGGUGUGAACACGGCGGCGCUGAGUACCGCUCUGUUCAACAACGGCUUUAGCUGCGGUGCUUGCUUCGAGAUUAAGUGUACGGACGACCCGAGGUGGUGUGUCCCGGGAAACCCGUCGAUUUUCGUGACGGCGACCAACUUUUGUCCGCCGAAUUUCGCACAGCCGAGUGACGACGGAGGAUGGUGCAAUCCGCCGCGAGAGCACUUCGACCUCGCCAUGCCGAUGUUCCUCAAGAUUGGUCUGUAUCGCGCCGGCAUUGUCCCCGUCUCUUACCGCAGGGUACCUUGUCGGAAGCUAGGAGGGAUAAGAUUCACAGUAAACGGAUUCAGAUACUUCAAUCUCGUUUUAAUAACUAAUGUCGCCGGCGCCGGAGACAUUACCGGAGUGAGCGUCAAGGGUUCAAAGACGGAUUGGGUGAGGAUGAGCCGGAACUGGGGACAGAAUUGGCAGUCCAAUGCCGUACUCAUCGGCCAAUCUCUCUCUUUCCGAGUCACCGCCUCCGAUCGCCGUUCCUCCACCUCCUGGAACGUCGCUCCUGCCACGUGGCAGUUUGGUCAGACUUUCUCCGGCAAAAACUUCCGAGUCUGAACUAUAAGAUCAACGGUCUCAUUUAAUGAAAACACCAAUACUCAGAUGUCAUUGUUAUUUCCUUUUUAAAACUUUUAAUAUGAGAGAUAAAGGAAAAGCAAUUUUCCCGCCCUGGGUUUUCUCUAAAUUUUCUUGGGAAAAUUUCUGGUGGCUUUGGGAAAAUGUUUCCUUUUUUUUGUUUUAGGAAGAGGAUUCCUUUUAAUGUUUGUGAUUGCGAAUUUGCAAGUGAUUUGUUUUGUUUGUUUGUUUUUUUAUCGUUUUGUUGUUAUGGCAUCUCUGCUAAUACAGAUAGGACCGUUGUGUGCUCGACCAAUAUGUAACGGGCCAUUGGGCCAAGUUAGGAAUAUUUUGUUUCUUCUUAA